GGAGGAGAGCUGCCAGGUGACAGGACUGGCACGCUGACGGCGGUGCUGGCGCGACUGAAGGACACCGACGUGCCGACCCUCGAGUGGGUCAAGGGCGUCGGCAAGGCAUCGACGUUCGAGGACUGGCUCCAACGGGCCAGCAUCAGGAUCAGCGGACUGCAUCCUGCAUUGGAGGCCUUCUGGGCCAGGGCGCAGGAGUGUUGCGCGGUGGCCUACGACGAGUACCUGUCCCUGGACCCGCUCAGGAGGCCUCUCAUCAGGCCAGCCGCGCACAUGAUGCCAGCGGAGUUGAGGAACGUUGAGUUGCGUCUCCGGCCUUUGCUGCUGGACGCGAUGCCGGUGAGCAUCAGGAAGCAGGCGUUGGCGACCCGGCAGACCGCGGUGGCCGACAUCUUCUUCGCGGCGAUGGUUGAGGCGGGGCCUGGGACGCUGAAGGACCGCGAGGCCACGCUGAAGGCGGUGGAGAGGAGAGGCCAGCAGGCGUCCAACCAGGUCGCGGACGCGUACGAGAACCUUCAGAAGUGGAAGUUCGACCUCACGCGGCUGCAGAGGUUGGGAAUGGCAGCUCCAGAUCCCACCGUGCAGCUCUCUACGUUGAGAGGCAUGGUGCGCCGUAUGGCGGAAACCGACGGGGCCUUCCAGUACAGGGUCCACGCAUUUGAGAUGCAGCAUGGGUUAUCUGGGACUUCGUGCUGCAGCCAGGCGCAGGUCGACGAGUUCUGGCGCUACCUCUCGGCGGAGGCUAGAGAGGUCUGCGGGCCGGAUGUGUCGGCGAAGAGCGAGGACAAGGGCGAGCAGUCGCCAUGCAAGUUCUUCGAGCAGGAGGGGGGCUGCCGCAAUGGCGGCCAGUGCAGCCACCCGCACAGGCGGCUGGCUGUGUCGGAAGGCAAGUGCUUCAACUGCGGAGCGGUGAAGCAUAAGACCGACGCCUGCCCUCGGCCGCGGCGCGAGGUCAGUGCCCGCUCGGCUGCUGCAGGACCCGCCCCAGGAGGAGGGGCAGGAGGAGGCGUUGACAGCAACGCCGCAGCAGGGGCGAGGACAGUUUCCGGAGGGCCGAGCGGCCCGGACGCGCCUCCGCCCAGCACGAACGUGGGCGCGGUGGUCGCGGCUACCAUCAGGGCGCUGGCAAGCGAGGGCUUGCCCGGAGCCCAGGCGAGCCGGGCGCAGGUGCAGGCGCCCACCGAGGAGGACCAGUGGCUCGACUCGUGGGCUACACCCCCGAUCGCCGCCCCUGGCCUGCGCGCUGCAACGGCCGCAGUGGUCGUAGAAGGAGGCGCUGAGGAGACGGAGGGUCGUCGGAGCGAUCCCCAGCCGAGAGGAGCAAUCAGCGUCGGGGAGACCUCGACAAGGGCCGUGGCUAUCGCGAAAGUUAUGGUGAUCAAGGGAAGGCGGAUGCUGCUCGCCGACACGGGGGCGACCCAUGAAUUGAGGUCGAUUCCGAUUGGGAGCAAGCCUGAGGUUCCCCACAGGAGCAUCGAGCUGCAGGUGGCCACGGGCAGCAUCAACGCGACCAUCGGUGACGACGACAUCGUCUACGUGCCGAGCGAGGUGGAGCUGCAGCCGUUGUUCCCCAUCGGUGCCUACUUGUAUGAGUGCGACCUUCGCCUUGUGUGGAGCGCUGGGCAGGCCGCGAUCCGCCUGCCGAGUGGGCGAGACAUGAAGCUUGAGCAGGUCAACGGGGCGUUGUACCUUGAUGAGGAGACUGCGGAGCAGCUCAGGAGUUUGAGGAGGAGGCUUCGCCAGGAGAGAGGCCGGGCGCUGGUGCUUCGCGCGGUUGCGGCCGCAGUCAGUAUCUCGGAUUUGGCACGCCACAGGGCGGAGGGCCAUCCGAGGUUCAUGCAGGAGUGCCGGGAGUGCCGAUUGGCAGCCGGGCGCAUGAGGCCCCAUUACCGUCUCGAUCCUUCGACUCGGCCCGGAGGCCAGUUGAGCGUUGACCUUUCUGGCCCUCAUCCGAAAGGUUUGUGGCCGAGCUCACUCGCCCAGGAUGGCCCGAAGAGGGCUUGCUAUUUCUUGCUGGCCGCAUACCAGGUGCUGACCAAGCGCGAGGUCGAGGACCAAAAGCGCAUGGUCCAAGAUGCCCGACGAGCAGCUGGGGUUGGGGUGCCCGUGGAGCCAGCGCGCGGCGCCGCCGCUGCAGGGGCUGCCGAGGAGCGCGGCCCAGCAGGACAGGAGGAGGUUGAGGAGCAGCUGCAGGAUGUCCCCGGAGAAGCUUCCGGGAACCUCGGGGUGGACCAGGACGAGGUUAAGACGUGGUACUACACGAGGCCGUUGGAGGGGAAGACCUCCAAGGAAUGCACCGCGGCGAUGGAGGAGAUCAUCAGCGAGAUCAACUUGGAAUUCCAGGGACCUGCCGUGUUUCGGCUGCACGGCGACAGGGCCGGGGAGCUCACCGGGCGCGCCGUCAAGGGCCACAUGGCGUCCAAGCGCACCAUCGCCGUGACGUCGACCGCUGGGGGCGAGUCCAGCUCCAACCCCAGGGCCGAGAGGGGGAUCGGAGUGAUCAAGGGCAGAGCGCGCGCAAUGCUCAUGGCCGAGAACCUCGACGCUGAGGAUCGGCAGGCGCUCUGGCUGGCAGCUGUCCAGCACGCGUCGUGGUGCCAGCGCCGGGAGGCCCAAGGGCGAGGCUUCGGGGACUGCCCGCCCUUCGGAGCAGCUGUGACGAGCAGGAUCAAGGACGCCCGGGGCAGUUUCGAGCCUCGAGCGCGCGAGCAGUACUUCUUCGGGGCGGCUGACGGUGUGAGUGGCGGAUUCCUUCUUGGACGAAAAGAAGCUGCUGGCUGGGUGUUCGAGGUCUCGUCCAGCUUCGUGCUCAACCUGAAGGCGCACGAGACCCAGGAGGAGGAUGAGGCCCAGGAGGAGGAUAAGCAGGCUGAGGAGGAUGAGGCCCAGGAGGAGGAUAAGCAGGCCGAGGAGGACCUAUCGGCCACGCGGCCGGGACAGCAUCCGGCUGAGGAGGAUCGGGCCCAGGAAGAGGAGAAGCAGGAUGAGGAGGAGAAGCACGCAGAGGACGCAGCAGCACCAGGAGGAGGCAGCGGGGAGGACAUCUUCGAGUUUCAGUCCGAGGAGCGAGCGUUCUCUUGUCCGGCGUGCCGGGGCCGCCAUCGAGCGCACACCCGUGAUGAAAGGUGUCGCCUUGGAGCUCGCGCGGCGACUGCGAUGCCAGCGAGGAGGAGGGCCCAGGAGGAUGUCGAGGAGAAGCCGAUGAGGACUGCACGUUCGGUCGUCGGUACCCCCGUGAGCCUCCUCAUGCACCACGACAGCAUGAACAUGCACGUCCCAUUUGCUGGCGUUGCUGACGCACGAGAUGGUGGAGACCUGGACAACGCGCCUCCGGAGUACCACGACAUCGUGAAGGACUCGGCCAUGCAGAUCGUCAGCGUCGCGGACGUGCGGAAGGCGUAUGGCCAGGAGCGCGAGGAGUGGAAGCUCGCGUUGGAGCAUGAGCUCGGGUCGCUCCGUGAGACUGACUCCUACGAGGAGUUAUCGCCAGCGGAGCGGGCGGCAGUUUCGCCGCGAAAGAUCUUGCCGAUGAAGGCGGUGGCAGGAGUGAAGGCCCCAGAUCCGACGGGGAACAGGAGGAAGAAGGUUCGGGGGGUCAUCUGCGGGAACCACCAGGAGCGCGGCGACGGCGAGCAGGUCUACGCGGCGAACAUUUUCGUCGAGUACGGCCUCUGCAAGCCGGACGAGCUGUGGAGGGUGAAGCAGGCGAUCUACGGAUUGCGAGUGUCCCCACGGGCGUGGGGCAUCAAGCGGGACAGCGACUUGCGCGACGUGCGGGCGCAGCGCGAGGGCAUCGAGUGCAAGCUCAUGCAGUCGCUGGUGGACCCCUCGGUGUGGUCCGUCGUACCGGUCGUGGAGCCGAGGGUGGAGUCCGAGCGCAAGGUGCUGGGAUACGUGCUGGUGUACGUGGACGACUUCCUCAUCCUGGGCGCCGGCCAGCUGGUGGCAGCGCUCACUCGCGCGUGCCAGUCCCUCUGGAAGUGCAGCGUCCAGAACAUGGUGAGUUUUGACGCUCCGGGCGAACUGAAGUACCUCUCGCUGACCAUCGAAGCGAGGGCCGACAGCUUCUUCAUCCACCAGCGGGAGUACAUCUCGGACCUGUUGGAAAAGUGGGGGCUGGACAAGGCAAACGGCACCGGCGCGAUGCAGAUCGAGGCGACCAACGACGAGGAGGAGGCGGGGGAGCCGGAGGUAGGAGACGUGAGACUUGCUCAAAGGAUGUCUGGAGGCCUCUUGUGGCUGAGCAGCCGGACGCGGCCCGACAUAGCAUUCGUAGUGUCCCGCGUUGCCUCUGCUGCCUCUUCGCGCCCUCUUUGGGCGCUUCGUCUGGGUAAGCGUGUGCUCAGGUAUCUAAUCAGCACGCGUACCUACGGGCUGGUGUACAGAGCUGGGAUGGGCGAGCCGCGCUUGGAGACGUUUGCAGAUGCCAGUUUUGAGCCCGACUGCAGCCAGUCGGGAGUGGCAACGUACGUGUGCGAAUGCUUGGUCGACUGGAGGUCAAUCAAGCAAGCGCAGCCUGCCCGGUCGACGGCCGAGGCGGAAAUCACAAGCCUGGCCAUGGGUUGCCUCAUGAUGGAAGGCACCGAGGCGGUGCUAGGAUCGAUGUUCGUGCGACCAGCGUCAGUGUGCUUGUGGGGCGACAACAGCGCAUCGCUCGCAGUAGCCAUGGGCCAAGGCUCGUGGCGCACCCGCUGCCUGGCCAACAGGGCCAGCGCUCUGCGCAGCAGGCUGCAUCAGGGGACCUUGCAGCUUGGGCGCGUCCCCACUGCGGAGCAGAGGGCGGACGGCCUGACAAAGACUUUGCCUGUCCCCGGCAUGGCUCGCACGCGCUCGGCAUUUGGACUCCGGGCGUAA